UGGUGUUUGUGUAGAGGAAGUUUUGUUUUGCGAGUUUUCCGUCCGUCUCGGCUGACUGAUUGUCCAGAUAAUACGCUUAAAACAACACGAAAUGAUAAUAUUGUGAAUUGCAUUACCAGUAAUCGCCCAAGUGUUCAAGGGGAGAAUAAAAGACUAAGCUGUUUGAAGCGGCGGAAUUCAGCACUUCAGAGUAACUCGAGAGCACCUUGCUGCUAAGCUAACGUUACCUAGAUAGUUAGCGCGGCUAGCGUUAGCCUCCAGUUUACGUUACUUUGAAGGGGCUCUCCGAGCUAACGAAGCCAUGGGGAACCGGGGCAUGGAAGACCUGAUUCCCCUGAUCAACAAGCUCCAAGACGCUUUCAGCUCCAUUGGACAGAGUUGCAAUUUAGAUCUUCCUCAGAUCGCUGUCGUCGGCGGACAGAGCGCUGGAAAAAGCUCAGUUUUGGAAAAUUUUGUUGGCAGGGACUUUCUUCCACGCGGAUCAGGAAUUGUUACCCGUAGACCUCUCAUUUUGCAGCUGGUCAACAGUAAAGCAGAAUAUGCUGAAUUCCUGCACUGCAAAGGGAAGAAGUUUGUGGAUUUCGAAGAGGUACGGGCAGAAAUUGAGGCAGAGACCGACAGGAUAACAGGCUCCAACAAAGGCAUCUCUCCCAUCCCAAUUAACCUUAGGGUUUACUCCCCACAUGUGCUAAACCUGACCCUGAUCGACCUUCCGGGAAUGACUAAGGUGGCUGUUGGAGACCAACCCCAAGACAUUGAGCACCAGAUUAGGGACAUGUUGUUGCAGUUCAUCACAAAGGAGAGCUGUCUGAUCCUGGCCGUCACCCCUGCAAACACUGACCUGGCCAACUCAGACGCCCUGAAGAUUGCAAAGGAGGUGGACCCUCAGGGUUUGCGUACCAUUGGUGUUAUAACAAAACUGGACCUGAUGGAUGAAGGGACAGAUGCAAAGGACAUCCUGGAAAAUAAACUCUUGCCACUGCGUAGAGGCUACAUUGGUGUGGUGAACCGCAGCCAGAAAGAUAUUGAUGGAAAGAAGGACAUUCGUGUCGCUCUGGCUGCCGAGAGGAAGUUCUUCCUCUCCCACCCUGCCUAUAGACAUAUUGCAGAGCGUAUGGGCACACCGCAUCUACAAAAGACACUCAACCAGCAAUUGACCAACCACAUCAGGGACACCUUGCCUGGUUUACGCAGUAAGCUGCAGAGUCAGCUCCUCUCCUUGGAGAAGGAGGUGGAGGAAUAUAAGAACUUCCGGCCAGAUGACCCAACACGCAAAACCAAGGCUUUGUUGCAGAUGGUGCAACAGUUUGGUGUGGACUUUGAGAAGUGCAUUGAAGGCUCUGGGGAUCAGGUGGACACCAAUGAACUGUCAGGUGGCGCCAAGAUCAAUCGCAUCUUCCAUGAACGCUUCCCCUUCGAACUGGUCAAGAUUGUGUUUGACGAGAAGGAGCUAAGACGGGAAAUCAGUCACGCAAUCAAGAAUGUCCAUGGUGUCAGAACGGGGCUGUUCACUCCAGACCUGGCGUUUGAGGUCAUCGUGAAAAAGCAGAUCGUUAAGCUGAAAACUCCCUGUCUCAAAUGUAUCGAUCUGGUCAUUCAGGAGCUCAUCAACACAGUCAGGCAGUGCACCAACAAGCUCAGUUCCUACCCCAGACUUAGAGAGGAGACUGAGAGGAUCGUCACCACCUACGUCAGAGAAAGAGAAGGGAAGACUAAGGACCAGGUUCUGCUGCUAAUUGAAAUUGAGCUGUCCUACAUCAACACCAAUCAUGAGGACUUCAUUGGCUUUGCUAACGCCCAGCAGAGGAACACAGCUGCAAACAAGAAGAGGGCCAUACCCAACCAGCUUGGCGGACUGGGAGAAGUCCACGAGGAGAAGGUGAUCAGAAAAGGCUGGCUAACCAUCAACAUCAGCAUCAUGAAGGGAGGCUCCAAGGAGUACUGGUUUGUCCUGACCGCUGAGUCCCUGUCCUGGUACAAAGAUGAGGAGGAGAAAGAAAAGAAGUAUAUGCUGCCCCUGGAUAAUCUCAAGAUCAGAGAUGUGGAGAAAGGAUUUAUGUCCACAAAGCACACCUUUGCAAUCUUCAACACUGAACAGAGGAACGUGUACAAGGACCUUCGUCAAAUAGAACUGGCUUGUGAUUCUCAAGAGGAUGUGGACAGCUGGAAAGCAUCGUUCCUCAGGGCAGGAGUUUAUCCGGAGAAGGACCAGACAGAGACUGAGGAGGCUGCCCCUGCAGACACAUUCUCUAUGGACCCUCAGUUGGAGCGGCAGGUGGAAACCAUCCGUAACCUGGUGGACUCAUACAUCGGCAUCAUCAACAAAUCCAUCAGAGACCUCAUGCCUAAGACCAUCAUGCAUCUCAUGAUCAACAAUGCAAAGGAUUUCAUCCACUCAGAGCUGCUGGCCUACCUCUACUCAUCUGGGGAUCAGAACAGCCUCAUGGAGGAGUCGGCUGACCAGGCCCAGCGAAGAGACGAAAUGUUACGCAUGUAUCAUGCACUCAAGGAGGCACUGCACAUUAUUGGUGACAUCAGCGCCAAUACCAUCUCCACCCCGGUACCACCGCCCGUAAAUAGCACCUGGAUCCAAGAAGCCAGUCCGACCCCUCAGCGUAGGCCGGCUCCUGCAGCAGCCCCACCCCCCAGCCGUCCGCCUGCUGUUCGGGGUCCAACACCAGGACCACCCUUGAACCCUUCUCCUGCCUUUGGAGCUCCACUCAACCCAUCUCCAGCAUUUGGCGCACCACCAAUUCCCUCUCGCCCAGGCCCACCCAUCAACGCAUUCAACAGCAGCCAGGAUCCCUUCAGUGCACCCCCACAGAUCCCCUCCCGGCCAGCCCGCGUCCCACCCGGUGUACCCAGCCGAAGACCCCCCGGUGCUCCUUCUCAUCGGCCCACCAUUAUCCGCCCUGCUGAGCCCUCCCUGCUAGACUAGACCUAUGGCCAAGCCCACCUAAGUGUGUGUGUGUGUGUUUGUGCGUGCGUGCGUGCGUGCGUGCGUGUGUGUGUGUGUGUAUCUGCACACUGAAGGCUGCGGGCUGGGGGCUUGAGGGGAGGGGCAGAUAGUGGUGCAUAAUGUGCAUUGUCCAGCCGUAUUAAUAUGUCUCUUCAAGCAAUGUAAUAAGCUGCUAAUACCGUCUUUAUCAGUGCACAUAAACGAAAGAAAGCCCUUAACCACUUGAAUAUUUCAUUUUACUGCUGUGGCGAUUGUGUAAUACAAAAUAAAACUCAGCUCAUCUGUAGGAUGCAUUUAACUUCUGUCAGUAGAAGAUGAUGUAUCAAAUUCAGUUAAAGAGCUUUUUUUUUUAUUGUGAUAACUGGUUUAUUUCCUCGGGCAAGGUUCCUUGCUCCAUAAUGCCCCACCCCAUCCCAAGUCACAGUCUCUAUGUAAUAUACACACUUAACCUGUUGUUAAUGUUUUGCAGGGUUAUCAUUUUCUAACUGAUUUCAUACUGAUAGCUUAUUAUCACUGUUGUUUUUUUGGUGACGUCGAUUACAUUGUUUUCCCUUGUGCUGUUUUAUUUGAGUGACUUUGUCCUUUUUAUUGACUUUCAUAAAUGUAGCUUUAAAAAUGCAAUCCUAAUGACAGAACUAGAAACAAGGCAUAAAAUAAAAAGAUGCAGAGCAGGGUUGCAUGAGACUGAUUGAGUAGCUUCAGCCCCCACCCUUCUGUGAAUGAUUCUUCCAUGAUGUAAAGAUGUCAGCCAGAUUGACCAUUAUAAUCCAAGCACUUCUAACCAUCUAGCCUUACAACAAGCCACUCACAAAGGGGAUAUUGUAGUCCGUUACCAGAACACUAUGCACACAAACCCGGGAGAGCACGAGAGACAGACUGAAAGCUGUCUUCACUUUGUGGGAUUGCUUUCUCUCCACUAAAUCUCAGUUGUUAAAGUCUUGAAUUUUAAUCCCUUUUAGUCUCAGCUGAACCCAAAUGAGACUGUCAGCCUUCAAGUAGAUUUUGUUCAUUCCUGGAUUAGCUGAUUCAUUUAGAGCAGAGCACACUGUACAGUUUCCUCUCAGAGAGGAUAAAACUCAGUGAAGCGUUGGGGUGUGUAGAUGAGGACGUAUCUGUCUUUUAGAGUAUAAAGGUGGUAUUAAACAUUUAGGAGUUGGCGGAUCUCUUUCUCGGGCUUAGUUGUUGAGGACGUUGAUUAUUACCAUUAGUUCUACUUCCAUGCAUUUAAAAUAUUGUAUAUAGCUGGCCUAUACUGGGGACUUAGCACUUGUGUCUCAUUUAAUUGCAGGGUUGAUGACAAGAACAUGCAAUUGAUUAUAAUCAAUGCCUGAUGUUAAAAUUCAGCUGUGGUUGCCAUAUUAAAGGAAUCACUAACACUGUCAUUUCAUAGAUUAGCUUUGGAUGUAGGGGAAAAGAGACUGGCUCAUCUCCUCAUGCAUUAUUUAUAACCUGGACAUUUGUCAUUUCAUUUGAUGUUUUUUUGGGUUGCAGUUGCAUCAGCUUUGUACAGCUCAGCUCCCCAGCUUUUUCUCCUGGACUGUUAUUUUUUUGGGGGGGUGGGGGGGCUACAGGAAUUAGCUGUCUAAACAUGUUGUGUGUUUGGAGGGCACUUGGGGCUGGGGAUGUCUACACAUCUGUGAUUAUUUGAUAAUGAAUAUAUUUUGAUAGCUCUUUGAGGAUAUUUGACCAUUUAAAACCAACUUUUCUUGAACGUGUUCGGGCAUUUAGGGGAAACCUGGUCAAGCAGGAACUGACCUUGGGCUACUUGGAUGUGUUCCUGUUUUUGAUUUGAUCAGUAGUGGUGGCAAGCUGGUGGUGGGAAUUGUGGUUUAUCAAAGCACACACUGUCUAGAGAAGCUGUCUAGACUAUUCUCUGUUCUCAGAGCAGAGUAUAGAAACUUAACUAGCCAACCUGAAAAGGCAAAGAAACGAAAGAAUUCAAAAAUAUCCCAAACUACAGAUUCUAGAGACAGCGUGCGCUUUUUCUCCCCCCUAUAAUUUUCUCCAGGUCUGACUUUGUGACAGUGCAAGAAGGAGUAAAAUAAGGAUAUAAAACAACUAUGAAUCUGAAGACCAUUCAUAUUAUAUCUGCCACAAAUCCCCCCAAAAAGUUAUUGUUAAUGUGAUAAAAACUUCUUAGCCAAAUUAUGUUGAAAACCCCUCUUGCCUGUCACUUCAGUCUGCCCUUGAGAAGCCCAGACUGUAAAUGCCCUGUAAUACAUAAGGUUGUGGCAUUACUGUCUGCCUAAUGGUUGUAUCCUGUCCCCUUCCUCUUUCCUCCCCCUUUCUGAAUCUGGUGGAAGGGGUUGGACAUCAACUUGCAAAAAUCUCUAUUCUUUUUGUUUUGCAAACCCUUGUAAAGUGCCUCUGUAGCAAUUAAAUGAUUUGAAUAAACAACAUGAACUGAUCUAGAUGGUACAAUAAAAGGGACUGGCUCUGG